GCAGAGCGAGUGCAAGAGGUGGGAUUGGAGGAAGGUGAGAGAGAAAGAGGGAUAGAGAAAGAGAGUAAUGACGGGAUAGCAGCAAGCCAAGGGGUCAUGGCUUCCAGGGGGUCUGGCACUGCAUUAUCCAGGAGAAAUUAUAGGCUGACAUCUGAAUCGGAGAAGGCAAAGGUCACAGGGAUCGUGAAUGAGAAACUUUUAAGUCAGUAUCUACACCGGAUAUUUCCCGGCACAGAGAGCACCCAGCAUGGCGCAGCAUCCAGGAAGCCACUCACUUUCCAGAAUUUGGAGGAUUGUUUGGAAAGACUUCUGUCCGCAGCUGAGACUAGUGAAGAAAAUACCGACCAGGCUGCCGAAGGACGUCUGGGACCUCCCACAGUGGUGUUAGAUCAUACGAGUGGCUUUGAGGGAUUACUUCUGGUGGAUGAUGACCUCCUUGGGGUUAUAGGACAGAGCAAUUUUAGCUCCAUUCGGGCAACGACAUGCGUGUUCAAAGGGAAGUGGCUUUAUGAAGUCCUCAUCUCCUCGCAGGGUCUCAUGCAGAUUGGAUGGUGCACGUUGAGCUGCAGGUUUAACCAAGAGGAAGGUGUUGGGGACACACCAGACUCCUAUGCCUAUGAUGGCAACAGAGUACGCAAAUGGAAUGUGACAACUACAAAUUAUGGCAAGUCAUGGGCUGCAGGAGACAUUGUAAGCUGUCUCAUUGACCUGGAUGAAGGAAACAUCUCAUUCUGCCUGAAUGGGGUAUCAUUGGGUGUAGCUUUCAGUGACAUCUCCCGAGGAUCUGGGAUGGCCUAUUUUCCAGCUAUUAGCUUGUCUUUCAAGGAGUCUGUAGCAUUUAACUUUGGAUCACUCCCGUGUAGAUAUCUUGUAGAAGGCUAUCGCCCCCUGCAGGACCCUCCAAGGAUUGACCUUUUGAAAUCUCAGAAGCUAUUGGGUUACCUCAAGAAUAUCUUCAGCACUGGAAUAGAUGCUCAGGAGGGAAAACUGCUAGACAGGGAUCCAUCCACAUGGCAAAUCCAAGGAGAACCAACUGUCCUGAUUACUGUGGCACACAUAUUCAACCACUUUGCCCCCCUUAUGUGCAAGGUGUACCUUGUGGAGGAUGUCUUAAUGAACUUUCUUCUUGGGAUCCUGGAAGGAGGGGGGUCUGUUGAAGAACAUUCACUUAUCCAGCAUUUCUUGGACGUUAUGUGGCUACUCAUGGAGGACUAUGAAAUCCACGAGUGUCUCAAACAGUUAAUGAUGUCCCUACUUCGAGCAUAUCGCUUCUCUCCAAUUGUUCCUGAUCUUGGUUUGCAGAUUCACUACCUCCGACUCACCAUUGCCAUCUUGAGACAUGAAAAAUCUCGAAAAUAUCUGCUAAGCAAUGUCCUAUUUGAUGUACUUCGAUCAGUUGUGUUUUUCUUUAUUAAAAGUCCGUUGCGGGUGGAGGAAGCUGGAUUGCAGGAACUCAUCCCAACAACAUGGUGGCCAAACAGAUUCAACAAAGAGGGCAAAGAAAUCAAGGAGCCUUUGGAAGAGAGUGGGGAGGAACGGCUGAGGAGGCGAGCCUAUGAACGAGGUUGCAUGAGACUGAAAAAGCGCAUUGAAGUGGUGGAAGAUUUACAGGUUCAGAUUUUGAGGUUGCUGCUGAAUAACAAGGAUAAGGGAGGGGGCGAAGCAUCCAGGUACAUCUUUCUCAAUAAGUUCAGAAAGUUCCUACAGGAAAAUGCUAGCAACAGGGGGAACCCCACAGUGCUAUGCCCGCCGGAGUACAUGGUGUGCUUCUUACACAGAUUGAUCACUGCCAUAAGGUCCUGCUGGGAUGAAUAUAAACUUAGGAAUCCCACAGCCCGUAGCAGUGAAGAAGCCUAUGUGCCUCCACAGCUUUUUUACAAUGGGAAGGUGGACUAUUUUGACCUGCAGAGACUUGGGGGUUUGCUUUCUCACCUGAGGAAGACCUUAAAAGAUGAUCUGGCAUCCAAGGCCAAUAUUGUGAUAGACCCAUCAGAGCUUCAGACAGUCACAAUGGAUGAUUUGGAAGAGGAGGACGAGACAGCCAGUACGACAACUCAGAGGUCCUCUGCUCCUCAGGCCAUUGGUGGUGCCCUUGCUCGACCCAGCUGGCUCAGCUCUCCAACCCUUGGCAGAGCCAACCGUUUUCUAAGCACAGCCGCUGUCAGCUUGAUGAACCCACGCAGGCCUUUGGGGGUGCUGGAAAAAGUGAAAGUGCGGAGCUUGUGUGUUGAGCAGCGCACGGAAGAUGACAUUGAAGGUCACCAUGGCAAUGAGGGGCUGUUGUUGGGAAGGCCACCAGAGGAGACAGACAUUCCAAUAACGGAGAACUCUUUGCUUGAAAUCUUGGAUGGGGCAGUGAUGAUGUAUAAUCUGAGUGUACACCAGCAGCUAGGAAAGAUGGUUGGUGUGUCGGACGAUGUCACAGAAUAUGCUUUGGCCCUGAAAGACACAGAGGAAAAGAUCAAACGCUGUCCAAAAAGGCGGACAGAUAUCAUGGAUGAAUUAUUGAAAAGUCAGCAGGUAUUCUCUGAGAAGCUUAACCACCUGAGCAGGCGACUUGCUUGGAUUAAUGUUACAAUAUACUCGAAGGAGAAGAUGCAGGAUAUUUACUGGCUCCUGCAGGUGUGCAUCCGUACAAUUGAGCAUGCUGACCGCACAAGUUCCUUAUUUGCAUUCAUGCCUGAAUUCUACUUGAAUGUGGCAAUGAACAGUUACAACUCGCUUAAGAACUACUUCAGCCCAGUAAGCAGCAUGGAAGAGCUCCCAGGGUACGAAGAAACACUUACGCGGUUGGCUGCCAUCCUGGCUAAGCAUUUUGCUGAUAUCCGUAUUGUGGGAACAGACCUUAAGGAUUCCUUAAUGCAAGCUCUUGCCAGCUACGUGUGUUACCCUCACUCCUUGCGUGCAGUUGAGAGGAUCCCUGAAGAGCAACAAAUUAGUAUGAUGAAGAAUCUGCUGGCCCCCUAUGAACAAAGACCAUGGGCUCAGACAAACUGGAUCCUUGUGAGGCUCUGGCGGGGUUGUGGAUUUGGUUACAGAUACACAAGACUUCCACACCUGUUGAAAACCAAACCUGAGGAUGUCAACCUCCCCAGCUUACAGAAGCCCUGUCCAUCUACUCUUCUGCAGAGCCACAUGGCAAAAUUGCUCCGGGGGGACCCAGAGUUGGCUUCAAGCUUCCUGAACAGUGUCCUGAACCAGCUGAACUGGGCGUUUUCUGAAUUUAUUGGAAUGAUACAAGAGAUCCAGCAGGCUGCAGAACGUCUUGAAAGGAACUUUGUUGACAGCAGACAAUUGAAAGUUUGUGCUACCUGCUUCGACCUGUCUGUGAGCCUCCUCAGAGUUCUGGAAAUGACAGUUACUUUGGUCCCUGAUAUUUUCCUUGACUGGAGUCGGUCUGCUUCGGAGCUCCUCCUCAGACGUUUGGCUCAGCUAUUGAAUCAGGUGCUAAAUCGGGUGACAGCGGAGAGGAAUCUGUUUGACCGAGUAGUCAAUCUCCGACUUCCAGGGUUGGAGAGUGUGGAUCACUAUCCCAUCCUGGUUGCUGUCACUGGAAUCUUGGUUCGACUUCUGGUUGAUAGUGACGCUCAGGGGACUCAACGGGCCACCAGUGUACUAUUGGCAGACCCCUGCUUCCAGCUACGCUCCAUCCAGUAUCUUCUAGGACAGAUUGAACCAUCUACCUUGGGAACAGGUUCCCCUGCUGCUAACAAAAAGCAUUUCUCCUUGCAGGCUUAUACAGAAUAUAUCAACUCUGAAGAACUGAGUAAAGUGGGAAAGAUGCUGGGUCAUCUGAGUGAAGAAUCCAAACAGGCAGCAGCCUCUACACAGCCUACAAGCGAGGAGGAUCUGUGUCCGAUCUGCUAUGCUCACCCGAUAUCUGCAGUCUUCAAACCCUGCUCACACAAGUCCUGCAAAGCCUGCAUCAAUCAGCAUCUCAUGAACAACAAAGAUUGUUUUUUCUGUAAAGCUACAAUCAUGGGAGUGGAAGAUUACGAAAAACCAGCAGGCAACUAGCUCCUCCAACCACUUGGACCAGACAGUCUUCACACAAAGUCCUCACUUUCCGAUGAGAUGUAGGCUUUGGGCGUAGCGAAUUGAAGGCGAUUACAGCUUUAAAUGUAAAUGUUAUUUAACAUGCUGGUUUUAAACUCCCAGCCCCUGUGGACUAUUGGAAAGAGCCAUUUUAUUAUUGGUUUACAGUUAGUGGAUUGGCAGCUGGUAGGGAGGGCAGGUGGUUGUGUAUGUUUGUGUGUAAUUAUUAACCCUCACACUGCUGCACUGUUUUUUGAAAGCACUCACAGAGCUAUGCCGGGUAGGUUCUCCAAACUAUCCGUAAGACUGUUGUGGUGCCUACUCUUUCACGGUCUUACUGAGAAACGGUCUUACUGUCAGUAUCCUGUUCAGGAGCCGGUCACACUGCACUUUGUCAACCUAUCGCCUUGUGCAGUGCAGUCAGUUCUAGCACUGGAGGAGAAUGCUAAACGGAAGAGCCUUGUUUACAACCGAGCUGCAUUUUUAUCAUUUAUACUGUGUUAAGUGAGAUGGCACAGAAUUAAAUUAUUUAUGCAUCUAUAUAA